AUGGGAAAGUCACAAUCGAAAUUAUCACCCUCCCAGCUCGAUGAGCUCCAGCGAGCAACCCAUUUCGACAAGAAGGAGCUCCAGCAAUGGUACAAAGGCUUCCUGAAGGACUGCCCGUCCGGCACGUUGACCAAGGAGGAGUUUCAGAAAAUCUACCGGCAAUUCUUCCCCUUCGGCGACCCUUCCUCGUUCGCGAACUAUGUGUUCCGGGUGUUCGAUUCAGAUAACAGCGGCAUGAUCGAUUUCAAGGAGUUCAUCUGCGCGCUAUCGGUGACGUCGCGAGGCAAGAUGGAGGACAAACUGGACUGGGCGUUCCAAUUGUACGAUAUCGACGGCGACGGAAAGAUUACCUACGACGAGAUGCUGGCCAUUGUCGAGGCGAUUUACAAAAUGGUGGGAUCAAUGGUCAAAUUGCCCGAAGACGAAGACACGCCGGAGAAGCGAGUGGGCAAGAUCUUCCGCAUGAUGGACAAGGAUGAAAAUGGGAGUUUAGAUCUAGAAGAGUUCAAGGAGGGAAGCAAGCGGGACGAGACGAUCGUGAGUGCUCUGUCGCUCUACGACGGACUGGUAUAG